AUGAGUGAAGUGAUGGUGGCGCAGGGGCGCCUCAAGCUGGAGGUGCCGGUUGGGAACGUAGCGAUCACUGCUGUACCGCAUGCGACAAGACAAGUGGAGCUGUUAAACGAGAGCUUGGAAAAGUAUCGAAUUUCGUACGAUGACCCAGUACAAACAGCCGUUGAAGAACCAGGCUGCGAGAAGUUUUUAGUUUUUAAUUACGAGGUAUGGCAUUCCUCAUUUCUCCGCACGUUGCUGCCGUCGAUACGGUAUUUUCUCAAUAAACUACAAGAAGCUCACAUGCCAUAUCAUUUUAAUCCUACAUUGAUAAUCCACUCAAUAUCAUGUUUUUCUAGUGAAGUAAAAUCUUGCCACGACCAAGCACUGACAGCUGUUUAUUUUGGCAACAUCCAAGGAGGAGUUUUUAUCAAUCAUUGGGAGGUGUCCUUCAGAGACAUAUCCGAUAAUCCGGGAAAGAAAUGGAUCGAAAUUCAUUUCCGCUAUGAUCAGACCGAAGUGAUUAACAUCACAUUCGAAAAUCCCGAGGAAAAAAGAAAUGGUCAGAAAAAGUGCCAAGGAGUUGCUCAUUAUCAAAUUGCGAUCCGUUUGAAUUUUAUCCGGCGUGUGAUAGUGGAUAACGCAGUGACAGACAAGUACGGCAAAGACAGAACCAGAAUUCAUUUUGAGCUCAACUGUCCUGUUAUUAUCAGAAAGUCAUUUGUGAGGGAUGAUAACAACACCCGCAUGGAAAAUGUCCGGUUUGACAGAUGGUGCACCAUUCAUCGAGGUCGUCGUCGAAAUGAUACUCCACAUGUUCUGGCCAUUUCUGACAGUCCUGUAUUCACGAUUGAGUUUGAUGAAAGUUUAUCAGAUUCAACUACCUAUGAGAUAUUGUCGCGACUUCGUGUAAGAACUGGUGUUAGCAUCGAAUUUGCAACAUACCGAAUUGUCGACAAGCUGUACUCUGCAUUUGAAUGUCCUUACGCUUAUUGGAGUACGGGCUGCAAUGAGGAUGUGAACGCCGCUACUCACGAUCAGACCAUGAGCCUUUUUAUUCGUGAUACAGUGAAAGAAGAAGAUAUCGAGCCAGAUGUGAAACGCGUACCCGAUGUGAUUAGGGAAAGGACAUUCUCUUUGCAAUAUCUGAUCGAAUGCUUAAUCUCGAGAGGAGCAGUUGUAAAAGAUCAGCUGCUGCUUGAUAAGACAGUUUGGAUCGAUUUUCUGAGGGUCCUGAAUCGGUGCUACCGUGAAUCAAGAAAGGUUUGCCUGUACGCUUUGGAGCGUCUGAUAACCAUGAUUGACGAGAGGAAAAGGCUUGGAUCUCUGGUAUUGGCUUUCAUUACUGAGUACGAAACGGAAUAUGGGCGUGGAAUGGCGUCCACAUUAUCAUGGCAACAAGAACAUGAUUACAGAGAUGGAUAUAGGAAGGUGAGAAAGCUCGUCAUCACCCAAACGAGAAUAAUAUAUGUCGUACCGGAAACGUUAAUGGCGAAUCGCGUUAUACGAUCGUACGAUCAUGAUGGCACACGGAUAAUUCGCGUCACAUUCAGAGACGAUGAUAACCAAACGAUGCGUACGAAUAAAACAUCGAAAAGUCUAAUUGUAAAAACGCUGAAGAAAUAUAUGCUUGACGGACUUGUUGUUGCUAAUCGGAGUUUUGGAUACCUAGGGAGUUCGAACUCACAGAUGCGCGAUUCCGGAGCAUAUUUUAUGGAGAAGUAUUCAAGGGGAGAACUUAAAUCCUACCUCGACGAAUACGGAGAAAAACCACCGAAUAAUUGGCAGCCGAAAAUCGAUAAGGCGAGAGAGAAUCUUGGCAGAUUCACAGAGAUGGAAAGUAUACCGAAGCUGAUGGCGCGUUUGGGUCAAUGCUUCACGCAGAGCAAGAAAUCAGGCGUUCCAAUCAAGAGAUGUGAAUAUUGCGUAACGUAUGACAUCGUUGGUGGAAGCAAUAACAAAGGAAAAGAAUAUACAUACAGUGAUGGAGUAGGCAUGAUAAGCAGAAAAUUAGCGGCCGAUAUCGCAAGAGACAUGUUGUUGGAAAGAUGUGUGCCAAGUUGCUUCCAGUUUCGUUUUCGCGGGAUGAAAGGCGUGACAGCAGUUGAUCCGUUGUUGGAUGAGAUCAGCAAGUGGGCGGCAAAUAAUGAUAUAGCACUGCCUAAGAAGACGUUUGGUAGCUGGGAUAUGAAAAUUGUAUUUAGACCAAGUCAGAUCAAGUUCGAUGCUAUGCGUACGUCAAAUGAUUCGCUAGAAGUCGUCAAGUAUUCAGCUCCUGUGCCAGUCGCCCUUAACAAGCCGUUUAUUUGCAUCCUUGAUCAAGUAUCCGAGAUGCAAUCCUACGACUGUCACGUUCGAGUCACGAAUCGGAUAGAAGAAUUGCUUGAAACACAACUGCGGACUUUUGCCAGGACAAUGUUACGUGAGCACGAUUGCAGGAAUAAACUCAAAGAGCUCCCGAAACGAGUGGACAUAGAUCGGCUGUCUGUAGUAUCUGGGUUUCAGUUGAGCACUGAGCCAUUUUUCAGAUCACUGAUUAAAGCCACUAUCAAAUAUGCGAUAACCAAACAAAUGCGCAAGCAACAAAUCCAAAUUCCAUUCGAUAAAGGCAGAUCCAUGUUGGGUGUGGUCGAUGAGACUGGACAAUUGCAGUACGGACAGGUUUUCGUGCAAUACACAGAAAAUAUUGCUCUAAAGACUCCACCUCCGAAUGCGUCAAGGAAGGUGCUGACCGGCAAAGUGCUAAUCACGAAGAAUCCGUGCAUAGUUGCUGGCGAUGUGCGCGUGUUCACCGCUGUAGAUGUGCCAGAGCUGCACCAUAUGUGCGAUGUGGUGGUGUUCCCCAUGCAUGGUCCACGUCCGCAUCCGGAUGAAAUGGCAGGAUCCGAUCUGGAUGGAGACGAAUAUUCCGUGAUCUGGGACAACGACUUGCUGUUGGAUCGUAACGAGGAACCUUUUGACUACACCGCAGAUAAACCUGAGACUAAACCGAUUAGUAAAGAAACCUUGAAUGAGGACAUGGUUGAUUUCUAUAUCAGUUAUAUUACGCAAGAUUCAGUUGGAACAAUUUCGAACUCAUUUUUGUUCCAGGCAGAUUUGUACGGAUUGAAGUCAGAGGUGUGCUUGCGACUAGCCAAGAAGAUCUCACAAGCAGUUGAUUUCACAAAAACUGGGCUACCACCACGACCUCUUGUCAAGGACUGGACAGAAGAUGAAGAAACGGGUAAACAAAUUCCUCCGGAGAAAAGCGAACGUCAACCAGACUUCCACUUUGGCAACGACUAUGAACCAAUCUAUCGUAGUGCGCGAUUGUUGGGGCAGAUCUACAGAGAGAUCAAAGCCAUAGAGGAAGUGCUGAAGAUUUCCGAAGACAUAGAUGAACAGGAUGUGGUGAAAUGCGAUAGGUAUCUGAUGGUUGAAGGAUGGGACAAGUACAAAGAAAUUGCGGAAACCCAGCUGUCCAAAUAUAAAGGGCGGCUGAGGGCAAUAAUGGAGAACUACGGUAUCAAGACGGAAGGGGAAGUAUUUUCGGGCUGCAUUUGUGAGAUGAGAAACCGUAUAUCGGAUAAGGAUCAGGAUGACAUGUCGUUCUACAACACGAACGAAGUGAUCGAGAGAAAGGUCACCAAUCUUUUUCGUGAGUACCGAGAAGAAUUCUUCCAGGAAUUCGGUGGAUGGGAGAGGUGCACAAAGCUGGCCGAUAAGAAAUUUGCAGUAGAAGGAAACAUUUGUCAUCGUCAUGUGCAGCAUCCUUCGCUGGAGAUGCAACAGAAAGCCGUUGCAUACUACCGCGUUUGUUAUGAAACCGCACAACAAACUCUGGAAAGGAUGCUGUCGUUUGCAUGGUUAGCAUAUGACGUGCUGGCUUUGGUGAAACAAGAGCGAAUUAUUAACGAUGAAGAACAUAUCCCAGCCGCGGCACCACUCUACGAUGUGCUGAAGAAGCGCAUUGCGGAGUAUUGCUGCCAUCAUAAAGCAAGAUUUUUUAAUUUCGUGCAAUUUCCAAAUGAAGAGGCUCGACAGCCACUCCGAAUGUAUACAGAACACUACCCAGGUCUCAGUUGUGUUAUGUUCAUCGUCUCCGAAUGGGCGGCGCAAAAUCAGCUGUUCACCGGACGACUUCAAAGCCAUCACCUAUGUUUGAUUCUCAUACUCUUUGCCAUUGGACGGAUUGUAGGUUGCCUUAACCGUUCGAAACCAUUUCUUGAGAAGCUUGAAGGCAUGGAAGUUUCCACUGACGACCCCGAGGAAAUAGACGAGGACAAUCAGAUGGAAUUAAUUGUUGCAUUUUUCGAGUGUUUGGCUUCAAGAGCUUUCCGAAAAUUGCAACACAUUUCUUUUGAUGAGUUAGGCUAUGCAUCGGUGUUCCUACGUGGAGAGUGGAUACCUGUGCAUGAGAUGGCUGUGAAGACUUACUACAAUAUGGUGUUCAACCUGCAGUUCGAUGAACUUAAUGAUGAACACUGGACGGAUCCAGGAAGUAGUGUGACAGUACGCGAAUGUGAACCAUUUGUCAUUGAACUUCCUGAGAACUUUGGUGAUGAAGAGAUCAAAAGCCAGAUCAAAUUGAAGACAGGCAUUGAAGAAAUCGUGCUGAGAAGGCUGAAGAGUCGACACCAAGAUUACAGUCGAGUUGCGGUUUCUGCUCGAGGCACGGUUCAAAGUCUACGAAUGCUGAGGGACCUGGUCACUGUGAAACCGCUGAUUAAGACCGCCGCCCAGGGAAAAGAGAUCUCUCGCCAACUUUGUACAUUGAUAUAUGAGAACAUUGUAAAACGAUAA